GGGGUGGGCUUUGACACAUGGAGGUGUGGAGCUUUAAGCUGCAGCAGGGUGGGGAACAGACACAGACAGGCCAGCGGAUGUGAGUUAACUUUCUUCCUGACAUCAGCGUACCUGGACAGGGACUGGUGUGUGGGUGUGUACGCUGAAGCAAAAAGGAUCAAGACCCAGCACUCCCACUGGCAUUCAGCCGGAGUCUCAGAGUCGCCCGUAUCUCUCCUGCAGACGCACACUCUUCACUGACUGCAAGAGCAAACAAGCAAAUAAUUGACCUUGCUGCACCUUACAAGGAGAGACACAAUAAAACACAAAGAGGAGAACUGCAACUUUUUUUUCUUUUUCUUUUUGGAGGCGACUUUGAAGUUGGACACUGGGGCAGAGAUUUCAUUUAACCCAGGUGGAUACUUGGAAAAAGAGGAAAUACUUUUCUUUCUUCCACACCGACGGACUUUUGGACUUGGACUGCGAGCCGACGCUCCUGGGAGGGGCGAGAUGGGGAGCUGGUCGUUACGCUGCCUGGCAGGACUCGGCCUGCUGGCCGUCCUGCUGACCUGCUGCUCUGCUCAAGUGAACUCCUGCCUCGCCGCCCGGUCCGGUUCCUGCUCAGACUGCCUGCAGGCCGGGGUGGGAUGUGCAUACUGCAGCGAAGAGGACUUCGGCUUUCCUCGCUGUGACCUGCAUGAGAAAAUCCUCGCUCACGGCUGCAACGCUGCUUAUGUCAUCAAAGCAACCAGCCAGCGUACCAUAGAGCAAAACAAAGCCAUUAAUAUGAACCUUCAGCGGUCUCAGGUGUCGCCGCAGCAAGUGAGCAUGACCUUUCUGCCUGGAGAGACCAAAGAGCUGGACGUGAAUGUGUUUGCUCCAACUAAAGGCCCCUUGGAUCUUUACAUUCUCAUGGACUUCUCAAACUCCAUGAAGGACGAUUUGGACAACUUGAAGAAAAUGGGCAACAAGCUGGCCACGGUGGUGCAAGAAAUUUCAAGUGACUACACCAUUGGGUUUGGAAAAUUUGUGGACAAAGUAAUUGAGCCCCAGACUGACAUGAGGCCUGCCAAACUCAAACAGCCUUGGCCCGACAGCGAAUCUCCGUUCUCUUUCAAAAAUGUCAUCCCACUGACCAACAAUGUAGACGACUUCACAACAAAGCUCCAAAAGGAGAAAAUAUCUGGCAACCUGGACGCCCCCGAAGGAGGAUUUGAUGCCAUUCUGCAGGCAGCAGUGUGUAAGGAGAUCGGCUGGCGCGAUGGCAGCACCCACCUCUUGGUUUUCUCCACCGAGUCAGCCUUUCACUACGAGGCUGACGGCGCCAACGUGCUGGCGGGAAUCCUGCCGCGCAACGACGAGCUCUGUCACCUGGACGAAAACGGUGUUUACGUUCAGGCUACAAAGCAGGAUUACCCUUCGAUACCCACGCUGGUCCGUCUGCUGGGAAAACACAACAUCAUCCCCAUAUUCGCCGUCACCAGCUACUCCUUCGAAUACUACAGUAAAUUGAAGGAAUAUUUCCCCAUUGCUGAGAUCGGUGUGCUUCAAGAGGAUUCAUCCAACAUCUUGGACAUCAUGCGGGUUGCCUUUGUGAGUAUCCAGUCUAAGAUGAGCAUCCGUGCGGAGAACAGACCUAAGGCUUUUGGAGCUCAGUUUUUGAACACAAGUAAUAAAGUUGUCAAUUAUGGAGCCUUUAACUUCCAGCCUGGAGAAAUCGGCAAGUUCAAGGUAAAACUCACAGCCCAACAAAAGGUCGAUGAACAACCUGUCUGCAAAGCGGAUCCAGAAGACAAGGAAGGCACAAUCAGAGUAAAACCGACGACCUUCAGUGCCGCCGUCAAUGUGAAAGCCUCCGUUCUGUGUGAAACCUGUGACUGUGAGAAGACACCCAUUCCAAAAGCUAAAAGGUGCAACGGCAACGGAAAGCUGGUGUGUGGAAAGUGCAUCUGUGACGAUGGCUGGGCUGGCGCCUUCUGCAACUGCUCAAAAACCUCCGGCUUGAGCAAGAACCAGUGCAUUGGGCCUGGCAUGACAGAGUCCUGCUCGGGCCGUGGAGACUGUCAGGCAUGUGGGACCUGCGUGUGCUACAAUCCGGACCAGUACGAAGGACCCUACUGCCAGUACGACAAGACCCAGUGUCAACGAGUCGCAGGCAUCCUUUGCAACGAUCGCGGCUCUUGCGUGAUGGGUCACUGCGCUUGUUCAGAGGGCUGGGAGGGACCUGCCUGCGAGUGCUCCAAAAGCAACGAGACCUGCCUGGACAACAAAGGGAAUAUUUGCGGUGGCCGAGGCAAAUGCGUCUGCGGCAGCUGCCAGUGCCCGGACUCCGGGAUGUCGUUGACUGCGACCUGUGAGCCAAACUUUGAUUUCUUACUGGGUGCUUGCGAGAAGACAAGAAGGUGCGUCCAAUGUCAAGCAUGGAAGACAGGCGAAAUGAAGAACAAAGAAGAUUGCGACAAGUGUGCCUUUAAAGUUAAAAUGGUGGAUGAGCUGAAAGAACGGGGGAAAGUGUUCGACUAUUGCAGCUUCGUCGAUGAGGACGACUGCACAUACGAGUACACGGUCGAAACCAGUAACGAUGCAACAAACACUGAGCUGCUGGUUGAGGUGCUCAAAAAGAAAGACUGUCCAGCAGCUAGUCUGCUGUGGCUGCUGCCGCUCAUCCUUUUCCUCCUGUUGCUGCUGGCGCUGCUGCUGCUCUGCUGCUGGAAGUACUGUGCCUGCUGCGCCUCCUGCUGGCAGCGCUGUCUUGCCUUGUUGCCGUGCUGCAGUGGAGGUCGCAUGGUUGGCUUUAAGGAAGAUGAGUAUGUGUUCCAUCAGUCUCAGAUGAACUCAAACCACUUGAACACGCCGCUGGUGAGGACCGGUCCACCGAAAGGAACCGACGUGGUUCGCUGGAAGGUCAAAGAUAACGUGCACCGGGCGGUCAGUCACCCGCGGGAGCUGAUGCAACCAAACCCGGAUGAAAUGAUCCAGUUCCCGAUCUCCCUCCGACUAAACAGGUUGUUCUCUGAGAACUUGUCUCGCCCCGAAUCAAAAGACGCUGAGCAACUCCGUCAAGAAGUAGCUGAUAAUUUGAACGAGGUGUACAAGCAGAUUCCUGAGGCACAGAAAGUGCAACGCACUUUAUUCAGACUGCAGAAAAAUGCUGGAAAAAGGGGGGACUACACCAUCAUGGACACUGUGCUGUCAGCUCCCCGGAGAGCCUACCCAGACAUAGUGAAACUUACCGAGAAGAACGUCCAGUCCGGAAACUUUGGGGACCUCAAAGUGGUCCCAGGCUACUACACUGUGGCCACAGACAGAGAGGCUGCGGGAGCCGUGGAGUUCCAGGAGGGCGUGGAGUCGGUGGACGUUCACGUGCCGCUGUUUGUCAAGGACGACGACGACGACAAGAAGCAGUUAAAAGUGGAGGCGAGGGAUGUGCCGCUGGGCAUUGCAAAGAUUGUGAAGCCUUUCGUUAACAUAACCAUCAUCAAAGAGCACGCUACAAGCAUCUUCUCCUUCCUCCAAUCGAAAUACACGUACAGCAGAAAGGAUGGUAAGGCACACAUCCCCAUCAACAGAGAGAUCAUUGAGGAUGGACUCACACAGGUCAUCUACAGCACUCGUGACCUCACGGCCAAGAAUGAGAAGGACUACAUGAGUGUACAACGAGACUUGUCCUUCGCUCCGGGUGAGACUCAAAAGACCGUUUCUGUCCCUUUGCUCGAGUUUAGUGAGAGAGAUGGCUUGUUGGGAGACAAAUCCAACAAGCAGUUUGUUAUAGACCUCAGUAACCCUCGCCAGGGUGCCAAGCUGGGACAAUUCCCAAGUACCACGGUCAACAUUGCAGACGUAUCAGAAUCGAGUGUGAUGAUGUUCAAGAAAGAUAUCCACACCUUCAGCCCCUCAGAACCGACCUACUCCAUCCCGGUGGUGCGCUCCCACAACAAAGACAGCCUCGCCACAGUCAAAUGGCGCACCAAGGCACCUGUGCCCCAAGGCUUUGAUCGUUCCGGUUCUCUGACAUUCGCUCCGGGAGAAACAGAGAAGGAUAUAGGAAUCAAACCCAACGCUGGCUCAGCCCAGCCAGAAACCUUCCAGGUGGAGCUGUACGAUCCCAGCACCAAAGGUGUUAUUGGUGAAAGGAGGAACACCAAUGUGAAUAUCACAAAAGAACCAAGAUCUCCAUCAGUUGCUAAGAUGCAGUCAAAGGCCUUCUCCAGCCCGAGAGGCAACGCCCCUAGUCGCCUCCUCUCCCCGGGAAACCUCAAGGCCAAAGCAACGGGUCCCAGAAACAUCCGUCUGAACUGGGACCCACCACCGGGUAACCCAGUGGGAUACAAGGUGAAGUAUUGGAUCUACGGCGACCAUGAGAAAGAUGUCAACGUCCUUGACGUGAAGACGCCUCAAGCCGACCUGACUGAUCUGUUUCCCUUCUGCGAUUACGAGACACAAGUUUGUGCCUACAACUUAAUGGGAGACGGCCCUGAUACCGACGUCGUUGAGUGUAAAACACUGGAAGACGUGCCCGGUGAGCCUAGUCGUCUGGCCUUCAACGUCAUCAGUCCAACCGUCACUCAGGUCAGCUGGGGGGAGCCUGCAGAGCCCAACGGCGACAUCACAGCUUACGAGCUCAUCUACACGCCCAUCGAUGAUGAAAUGAAACCAGUCGGAGCAGCCAAAAAAGUAAAGAUCGACAACCCAAAGAAACGAAUGCUGUUGAUAGAAAACCUCCAGAGCGCCCAGACUUAUCAGUACAAAGUCCGCGCCCAAAACUGCGUAGGCUGGGGCCCCUUCAGAGACGCUACCAUCAACUUGGCGUCACAGCCCACCAGACCUAUGUCCAUUCCCAUCAUUCCAGAAGUUCCUAUUGUGGACGCUGAGGCAGGAGAAGAAUAUGACAGCUACCUGAUGUACAGCAACGAUGUGCUGAAAUCGCCCACAAGCUCCAAGACGCCAAGCGUUUCUGGUGAUGAUUACAUGUCAAACGGCAGGUGGGACCAGAGCUUCCAUUUCCCAGGAGGCUCAACAACCCGCAACCUUUCAGCAUCCUCCUCUCCCAUGUCCACUCUGAGCUCCAACUACAAAGGUGGAGCGGGCGGCUCCUUCACCACAGAGAUGCACAACACCUACAUGUCUGGGCCAGGAAGCCCCCGCAGACAGGAUGUGAUUGGAGGAGGGGGGUUCCUCACAACCGAGGUCCUGAUGAGGAAGAGCUCAGAGAACAGAGGAUACACAGAUGAAAAUAUUCGGGACUCCAUCGUCAUAGAAGACGAUAAGUACCCAGAUCUGACGCCAUCAGGUGGGUUUGGCUACGCUGGCUUGCAGAGCAGCUCUCAGACCCAGUACAGCUACGGCCUGUCUCAGAGCUCCAGGGCCAGGACUCAGUCGUCAGAGGUCAAUGAAGCCCUAUACAGCCUGGACAGAGUGCUCCAUGAUGCCCGCGUCUCUCCUGGCGUCCCAGAGACGCCCAGCAGGCUGGUGUUUUCCGCCUUGGGACCGACCGCUCUUAAAGUCAGCUGGCAGGAGCCACGCUGUGAGAAAGACAUCCUGGGAUACUGCGUUCUCUACCAGCUGCUCAACGGAGGAGAGACGAAGCGCCUCAACGUGUCAAACCCGGCCGAGAACUCUGUGGUCAUCCACGACCUGCUGCCCAACCACUCCUACCUGUUUAAGGUGAAGGCUCAGAGUCAGGAGGGCUGGGGUCCAGAACGGGAUGGAGUCAUCACCAUCAAGUCAGCUGUGGACCCCAAAAGUCCCCUCAGCCCCAUGCCAGGCUCGCCGUUCACCCUGAGUAGUCCCAGCGCUCCGGGCCCGCUGGUGUUCACAGCCUUGAGCCCCGACUCACUGCAGCUCACCUGGGAAAAACCACGGACGCCCAAUGGGAACAUUUUGAACUACAGGGUCACCUGCGAACAGCUACAUGGUGGAGGCGACAUGCGGUCCUUCAAUGUCAGCAGUAACGCUGAGACCAGUCUGACUGUCCCAAACUUGACCAAGAACGUCCCGUACAAGUUCAAGGUUCAGGCUCAAACCACGCAGGGUUUCGGUCCCGAGAGAGAGGGCAUCAUGACCAUCGAGUCUCAGGAUGGAGGUGCCCUGUCUCAGCACAGCAGCCAAUCAGUGACGAGGAGGGACGUUUUCUUAAUGCCUACAGAAAUGACCACAAGAACAAACGUCUCCCACACCAUGGUCGAUGAUCCCUACUUCUCAGAUGGGAGGAUGAUGACUCAGCUCACGGAGACGGGCAGCAUGGUGAGCCGUCAGGUCACUCGGGAAGUGGUCCAGAGGAGCGUCACGGGAGCAUCCACCGUCACAAAGAGAAUGUUUUAUGAGUCUUAGGAACUUGUGUGAGCGAUGCUCAUGAUAGCAUCCAGCCUGAGAAUUGAUCACAAAGCCAAAGCGCAAACGAGUGUUUCAGAGUUUGUACAUGUGGGUGUGUAUAGGGUAAGACGGUGCAACCAAAUAAAUAAAACUGAAAGUAAAGGCCACUUUUUACAAACUGUGGCCACCUUAUUUCAGUUUCCCACUUUAUUGUAGUUCCUGACUUCUUUCCCUGGAGUUUGUAACCUCAGUAGUCCCUCUGCUGGCCGACAUCCGCUAACACACCAGGCUUUUAAAGAAGUUGUCAUAAUCCCAUCAGGCAAUGGCUCCAUAAUCCAAAAUAACAUCCCUAUUCUGUCAUCCAAGUUCAAUUUUAAGAUUAAAUGUUUGAGAGGUUUACCUUUACUGUCACUGUGGAAUUUUAAAGGGCUUUUGUUUAUAAAUUAUUGUUAAAGUGUGUGUUUUUUUUAUUCAAGACAUACUCAUAAAUUUUCAUUUUUUACAGUUCUGGUUGUUUACAUCUGCACUAGCUGGUCUCAAGCCCAGGGCAUGCAUGAGUUUAACAAGGAAUCAGAAAUUAAACAUGUAUUUUAAAAUGUCUGCUCUUCAUUACAGCUCUAGUUUUAUGCAUUUUCUUUAUGUGGCUAAUUCCGCAUUUUUUGGUUCAGUAGAUUAAUGUAAGACAUGAUACCGGAGAAAGUAUGUUUAAAGACAAAGAUUGUAUUUGCUUGCUGCAGGUUCUACGGUACUUUGGGUUCAUGAGAAAUUCUUUUUUGGAAACAUUUUCUGAUUUUUUUUUCAUAAACAUACUGAUAUAAGUUGAACAGUUCAUACAAUUUUUACUCAGCAUGUAUCAUUCCCAUUUAAGCAGGUCCAUUUUUAAGCAUUGUUUUGUACAUCAGUUAUGUUGCACUUAAUAAAGAUUUAUAUUAAAAACAAUGA